GCGCGAAAGAUGAGGACCGAACCGCGCAAUUCCGGCGUAUAUCGGUCGUAGGAUGCCUCAACCAUCUUUAUUCGCUCCUUGAGCACAACUUGUACCUUUCUCCACAAUGCAAGCACUCGCCCUCCCCGCCGCAGCCACCGCCGGCAUCGCCUAUCUCAACGGACGUUACGGGCUCUCCUACGACUACGGCAUCCUCUCAUCCCUCAUUGUCGCCCAAAUACGCGCCCGUUUAGCCGAGCGUAAUGACAAGCUUAACCUCUUCUACGAGCUCGAAGCGCAAGCAAAGUCGUCGAACCGCCAGCGCCCCUGGAUUAUCUCGGGACACUCCGGAGAGACGUGGAGCUAUGCUGAGGCCUACGAGAUCGUCUUGAAAUACGGAACGUGGCUGAAGAGCAAAGGAGUGCAGAAGGAGGAGGUUGUGGCGAUGGACUUUAUGAACAGCGAGGUGUUCAUAUGGGUGUGGUACGGGUUGUGGAGCAUUGGCGCGAAACCGGCCUUCAUCAACUAUAAUUUGACAGGCGCUCCGCUGUUCCACACUGUGAGGACGAGUACGGCGAGACUACUGCUUGUGGACCAGAAUAGCCAGGAGAAUUUCAAAGAAAGCGUCAUGGCAGAACAUGGUUUCGCCACGGUGCCAGCGACUGCAGGUCAGCAAGACAACCAAGCCGUUUACGGGUUCGAGAGCGACCCGGGCCAGAUUCCCCAGAAGGUCCAACAACAGUCCAAUCUGACUGCACCACAAACACAGUCUGGAGAAGAUGAUUCAGAGUCACAGACCCGUAGACUCGAACUCAUCUUCUUCGACAAGCGCCUGGAAAACUACAUUCUUUCUCUCAAACCGACCCGUGUCCCCGAUUCCGAGCGCGGAAAUCAACAAGUAGGCAGCAUGGCUAUGCUGAUAUAUACAUCAGGAACGACAGGUCUCCCAAAAGCUGCGAUCAUGUCCUGGGGUAAAGCCUUCACUGGCUCAAAGUUCGCCCAGGGCUGGAUUGGUAUCAAAUCCACAGACGUGCUUUACACGUCGAUGCCUCUAUACCACAGCUCUGCCUCUGUCCUUGGGGUCGGUCCCGUGCUGCGUGGCGGGGCCGCAAUCUGCAUAUCCCAGCGCUUUUCCCACAAAACCUUCUGGCCUGAAGUCCGAGCCUCCAAGGCUACAAUCGUCCAGUACGUCGGCGAGACCUGCCGCUACUUGCACUCAGCACCACCUUCGCCCCUCGACAAGCAACACCACGUCCGCGCCUUCUUCGGUAACGGACUCCGACCCGAUGUAUGGAACGCAUUCAAAGACCGCUUCGGCAUCGAAACCAUCUAUGAGUUCUACUCCGCAACUGAAGCUCCAAGCGGUCUCUUCAACAAAUCCACCAACAGCUUCAGCGCAGGCGCCUUUGCCCGCAACGGCACGCUAACCAACGUCCUUAUGGGCGCCUCUCUCCCCAUCAUCCGCAUGGACCCUGACGCCUCCCCGCCAGAGCCCCUGCGCGACCCCAAAACCGGCCUUUGUCAGGUGUGUGAUUGGAACGAGGCCGGCGAGCUCCUCUUCAAGCUCGACGCCGCGAACAUAUCGCAGAAAUUCCAGGGCUAUUGGGGCAACUCGAAGGCGACGUCCUCCAAGAUCCUACGCGACGUGCGCACAAAGGGCGAUGCGUAUUUCCGCUCCGGCGACCUCGUUCGCCGCGAUAAGGAGGGGCGCUGGUACUUCAUCGACCGCAUCGGCGACACGUUCCGCUGGAAAGCAGAGAACGUGUCUACAGCCGAAGUGGCAGACGCCCUGGGCAAACAUCCCGCCAUCGAAGAAGCAAAUGUUUAUGGCGUGCAGGUGCCGCAUCAUGACGGGCGCGCAGGGUGCGCCGCCGUCAUUCUCAAGAACGGGACUAAUAAACCGGACGCUGCGACUCUGAAGUCUAUUGCUGACCACGCAAGAGGGAGUCUGCCGGCGUUUGCAGUACCGCUAUGGCUGAGGGUUACCAAGCAGAUGCACACUACAGGCACAAACAAGCAGCAGAAGCACUUGUUCCAGAAAGAUGGGAUCAACGCGAGAGCGGUGGAGAAGAGGGGAGAUGUGCUAUUUUGGCUGGAUCCGGAGGCAAAGACGUAUACGAGGUUUACGGGGAAGGUGCUGAAGAGGAUCGAGGGGCGCGAGGUGAGGCUAUGAUGGGUUGAUGGGGAAAGGAGGAGAAGACUGGGGUUGGGAUUUAUGCUAUUAAGGGAGGAGUAUAAGGGGGACCCCUUCGAGAUACCAUUAUGUACC